AUGCGGGGAGAACAUGUCGGAAAAGUCGGCACGACCCUUCUUCUCGUCGGGGGGUUCGUGGCCAAGGCGGGUGCCGCAGGCUCGUUUGAUCCGAUGGUUCACAUGAUGCGAAACUUGUUCACCACCACCUACACCGAUGGAGAUGCCUGUCCCGCGGAAGAUGCAGCCUGCCUUGCGUCUACCAGUUGCUUGGCUUGCAACGAAGCCUACAUCGCUGCUUUUUCAGGUUGCGCUGCUUCGUUGACCAGCACCUCCACGUGCGAUGACCUUGUCGACGCCAUGUGCUGUGCCGUGGAAGGCUGCGAGGACAACGAGGAAUUUGCCGACAUCAUGGGCUGCAUAAAUGCGGACAUUGGUUGCGGAUACAUCGACCUCGGUGAUUGCAGCACGGCUAUUUCCGGCUCCGACACCACUACGGACUCCACAUCCACAACCGAGACAGACUGCCCCACCGAAAUCUCGGCGUGUAACGCGGAUGACGAGUGCGUAACAUGCACCCAGUCGUAUGUUGACGCCGUGGAGGGAUGCUUUGCUUCAGCGACUGGUUCCACGUGCGACGAUGUUGAAGAAUCUGUUUGCUGUGCGGUGGAUGGCUGUGAGGACAACGAAGCGCUCAAUGAUCUCUUAGUUUGCAUCAAUGCGGAAUCUACAUGUUCAAUCGACAUUGGAGAUUGCGCAGAGGACGGCAGCAGGGGCAUUUCAGACUCCGACACCACCACCGACACCGAUGAUGCCGUCAUCGAUACUACCACCGACUCUCCGUACACCUCGAUGACGACGAGCGAGACUGACUGCCCCACCGAAAUCUCGGCGUGUAACGCGGAUGACGAGUGCGUAACAUGCACCCAGUCGUAUGUUGAGGCCGUGGACGGAUGCUUUGCCGCCGUGACUGGUUCCACUUGCGACGAUGUUGAAGAAGCUGUGUGCUGUGCGGUGGAUGGCUGCGAGGACAACGAAGCGCUCAGCGAUCUCUUAACUUGCAUCAAUGAGGAUUCUACAUGCCAAGUCGAUAUUGAAGAUUGCGCAGCGGACGGAAGCAGGGAUAUUUCCGGCUCCGACACCACCACCGACACCGAUCCCGCCAUUUUCCCGUCGACACCGACAACCACGACUUCCACAACCGACACCGACACUACCACCCCCGGGGGGACCGAGACCACCUCGAUGACGACGAGCGAGACCGAUUGCCCCACAGAGCUUGCGGCUUGCAGCGCAGAUUCGGAGUGCAUAGCAUGCACGGAGUCGUAUGUUGCAGCCGUGGAGGGAUGCCUUGCCGCAGUGACUGGUUCCACCUGCGACGGUAUCGAAGAAGCUGUGUGCUGUGCGGUGGAUGGCUGCGAGGACAAUGAUGCGCUCAAUGAUCUCUUAGGUUGCCUCAAUGCCGAUACAUGCCCCAUCGACAUUGGAGAUUGCGACAGUAGCGUAGCCAUUUCUGACGAAGAGGGGGAAGCGGACGCAGGUAACACCGAGUCAUCCGCCACCCCUUCCGCUGUGGCAAUGGGAGGUUCCACGGCAGUUUGGCUGAUCGCCGCCGUUGCACCCAUCCUGUGGCGCCAGUUCCAGUAA